CAAAGUCUAUUCACCCCCCCUCUAGACUUUGUAUUUCACCACUUUGGGACCACCAAUUGGUAUCGGAGCCAACUUCUCACUAUCUACGUUUAGAUUAACGAGAAGCGAUCAUAAUGGUGAACAAUAUGGAUCACGGUUUGCCCAAGUUUUCUCUGUUAGGUUAUGAUGAUUGGAAGAUCAUGAUGGAAGCACAUCUCUACGCUCUACAUGACUGCAUGUGGAUGGUGCUUGAGGAUGGACCCUUGAAAACCCAAAUGGAGAAUCCCGAGAGGAAUCCAGCAACUCCUGAUGUAAUCCAGUACAUUCCAAAGCCCAAGGAAAAAUGGGAUGAUAGAGAUUGUAAAAAGCACAAUCUGGACAACGUUGCCAAAGCAGCCAUCUUCAAGACACUUGAUCCCAUCACCUUCUCCAAAAUCAAGCAUCUCAAGACUGCCAUGGAAAUAUGGCAAGGUCUUGGGAAGCUAUGUGAGGGAUCAGAGGACUUGAGAAAGCAGAAGAUAGAAGUCCUACUUGAGAAGUUCAAAGGCUUCAAAAUGCUUCUCGGAGAAUCAUUUGAUAUGUUGGAUGAAAGGUUCCACAAAUUCUUGAAUGAUCUUGCCUCACUUAACCACAUUCUUUCACCCAAAGAAAAGAAUGUAAGGUUGCUGAGAUCACUCCCAAAUGAGUGGUACACCAAAGCCACAGCCAUGGAAGAAGGAAGAAACCUGGAAAACUACACUGUUCAAGGUCUCCUUGAUGAACUCAGAACCUAUGAGCACGAGCUGAAAAAGAAGAAGGAAGAACAAGUUACUCCCUUCCCCACGGCAUUGAUGACAACUUCAAGAAUUCCAUCAAGUGAAGGGACAUGCACAAGAAACUGUGACACACCUUCCUCUAGCCAGCCGUCAAGCUCAAAAAUGGAGAACUACAAAGAGGAUUUUGCCAUGAUGGUCAAACAAUUCCGGAAGUUCAAGAAGUUCUUCAAGAAGGCUGAUUCAGUCAGAAGGCCAUCCAAGGGAAAGCCACAGGUAAGUGACUCCCCUCCUGAAUCUUAUUUAUGUUAUAACUGCAGGAAGCCUGGCCACUGGAAGUCAGCAUGCCCGUACCCAAAAGUGGAGAAGUACGGAGAAAGAGAAAGGAUCGAGAAGAACAAGAAAGCAAUGGUUGCUGCUGAAAGUGACGAGUCAUCCAGCUCAAGCUCGGAUGAAGAAGCCCUCGUCUGCAUGGAGUGCAAAGUUGAGAAGUCCAACCAUGAGGAUAGGUGGGCUAUGUCAGAAGAUGACACUCUCUGCCUAAUGGCCAAAGAUGAUGCUGAUCAAGAGCCGUCAAAGUAUGACCAUGAGGUUCUGGAUCUAUCAGACAAGGAUGAAGAAGUCAAUGAAGGAGAUAGAAUGAAGCCCACGGAGUUCAUUCCAUUCAAAAGUCUGCCUCUGAAGACUUCACAGAGAAAUCCAGAUUUAGACAGUGCUGAGCCCUCCGGAAAUUUUGGCCAGCCUUCCAAUAUUCCGGAUCUCUCAAACGGCGAUAAUUCCGGAAAUGGCGACCUAGUGCGAAUCCAUCCGGAAACACCAACAACUUCAGUUCUUCAACCAGAAGCUGGACUAAAUCAACCAGUCAAUCCCAAUCAACACAAUCUUCGUUGGUUAAGGAAUCAUCCUCCUCAACAGAUCAUCGGAAAUAUACAAUCUGUUGUUCGCACAAGGAGUGCCCAACAGAAUCUAGAAGCUAUGCUUGUGUAACACCCCAACCCGCAUAACCCAAACCCAUGAGACAGCGGACCGGUGUGCCACUGGAUUGGUAUCCGAAUAUACAACAUUUUCAAAACAAUUUUAAACAAACGUUCUAUCAAUACAUAUAAAAAUCCAUCGGAGUAAUUUAAAAUAAUGCGGAAGCCUUUUUAAAGUCAAACAACUUGGGAUCUUGCCCGAAAACGUAAUAAGCAAUAAAGUUAAUUAAAUAAAGCAUAACUACAGAU